AUGGCGAAAAUCAUGUCAACAUUUAAAGCGAUUUUGACGCGCAUGUUCUUCGGCGCGCACAGCAUCCUGGCUAUUUGGCAGGUGACCGUCAAUACGAAAAACUACAUCUAUUGGUCACUAUGUGGACCGCUGGUACUGCUCCUGCUCGAAGGCAUUUUCACUUUGAUGAUCAAGAAGACCCAAGAAUGGCGGUGGUUUUGCCCUUCGGUAUUUUUGUAUCUGAGUAGUAUCGUUCCGGCCAUUUGGUUGUUGGAAUUAGAUCAAGUGGCGCGCAAACUCAACAUCAACAACAGCAACAACAAUAAUAGCAACGAAAAUAUUUUAAAAGAGGUUGCUGAGAACUUAGAUUUACCUGCAUUUAACAUCGAUCCGGACACAUGGAUUACACUGAUCGAGCAAUUUUUAAUGUUGAUUUUAAUCGUUGGACGUUGGAUGUUGCCGAAAGGCGAUUUGACGCGUGACCAGUUGAGCCAAUUGCUAUUGGUUUACAUAGGCACUGCUGCCGAUAUCAUGGAGUUUUUCGAGUCCUACAAAGAUGUCAACAUUAUAAAAAUACCACUACUGGUUUUUCUAACUCUGGGAAUUUGGUCUUGGAGUUUAAUGCAAUUCACAAUUGUCCUGUCAGCGACGAGAGCACGUCGGCCGCGCGGCAGUGGCCUACAUCAUAAUGACGGAGCCACUGACUGCUGUGACGGCUGCUGUUGUGGCAUCGAUGUCUGGGCUAUUGUGCUCAAUGUGAUAUUGCAGGAUGCGCCAUUCCUAACGCUACGGAUGCUAAUUAUAUUCCAGUACAAAAUUCUAAAUUAUAUGAGCGCAUUUUUUACAUGUAAAAAUACUUUAGUAAUUGUUUUGCAGUUGUAUCGUCUCUAUGUAGUAAAUGCCGAAUUCUGGAAGAAUCGGCGCGAACAAAAGUCUGGUGGCGAUAAAUCGCAGCAUUACAAAUCGCGUCGCCGCGCCCAAGAUUCGGAUGCGAAUAGCAUUUAUAUGAUAUCAACAGAACAUGGCACCGACGUCAAGCGGAAGAUACAAAAAGCGCGUGACUAUGCGGAGGAUGAGUUCGUUACGCGCAAAAAGAACAAAAAGGAUAAAUCCAAAAACCACAAGCGCAAGGACACCGGCUACUCUACUGCCAGUUCACAGAAUCUUUAUUCUACGAAAAUUGUUGAUGAGCGCAGCAAUCGUCACAAGGACAAGAAGGGCGGCAAAAAGGCAAAGAAACGUGAACGCAGCAACUCGUCCAUUGAAAGUGACAUAGUUGAAGUGAGGAAGGCAAAACGUGGCGCUACCAGCGGCGGCGGCGGCGGCGGCGGUAAAAAAUCGGAUAAGAAGGACAAGAAAAAAAAAUCGAAAAAAAUUGAACCCGUCUUGGAGGAGACCAGCAGCUCCAGUUCGUCGACAACACCGAGCAGUUCAUCGGAUUCCAGCAAUUCUACAUUGCCCAGUUAUGAAGUGAUCGCGGAGCGUAAAUUGAAACGUCACAAGCGAUCACAUAGCUCAUCGGAGAGCACUUCAACAGAUUCUUCGGACACAACAACAUCGUCGUCAUCGUCAACGUCCUCGUCAUCAUCAUCGUCGUAAAUGUAAUUACAAAAAACAAAAAAAGGAAAACA